CUGAUCUGGACCCGGGGCUGUGCAGAGUCGGAGCUGGCUGCGGUGGGCAGCAGGAGGAUGCUUUUCCCCGGGUGUGGAGGCAUCAUUCCCGGCCCCCAGGAGGUGCCCUCGUCCCGGGGCCCCACGGAUGUUUCAGACCUGGGCCUUGGCCUUCAGUCCCUGCGCCUGUCGGGCUGGGACCGGCCCUGGAGCAGCCAGGAAACGGACACGCACACCCCCCCGUCCCAGGUCCAGACCAGCUCCCCCUCCAUGCUAGGCAUCCUGAACAGUCCCUUCAGUAGCAUCCUGGGGAAGCCUCAGGGCUACCUGCCCCACGAGUCCAUGAGCAUGACGGCGGACUUCCUGGAGAAGUUCCCGGGCAUGGCCCGCAUGGCCACCCGCCUGGACUCCAGCUCCUUCCUGGACUCCCGCUCCAGCAGCCCCGAGGACUCUGAGACCAGCGGGUUCAGCUCCGGGUCCGACCACCUCUGCGACAUGCUGUCCACCUUGCGGAUUUCCCCCCCCCUGCCCUACCUGGCGUCGAACAUGCAGAAGGACCUCCUGCGCCUGGGUUCCCGGCUGGACCCGCAGGACUCCAGCUCCCCGCUGACCCCCCCCCUCCAGCGCCAGCCCCGGGUCCUCCUCCCUGUCCCGCCGCUGGCGAGCCGGCUCCCCCUGGCCCGGGUCCGACGCGCUGGACCCGGAGGAGACGUUCAGCAUCGAGAGGGAGGCGCGCCUGCACAGGCAGGCCGCAGGUAG